GAUAUGUAGUAUCCAGUCCCUCCUUAUCUCGGUAUCCAACAUGGCGUCGACAACUAGAUACGCCAGUCAUAGAAAACAGUUUCUAUAGCGUUGACGAUGGCGACUUGGCCGGAAGCGAACAAAAAACGCAAUCAUGCACGAAAUGCAACCCUUGAGUUACUAUCAGAUGGUAGAAGCAGACACUCUAAGAGCGCUCAAGCAAGCAGCAGGGUUACAGAAUUUGAAAAUCUAGGUCUCUCUGUGGAACGAGAUGGACAAGCUAUGAGUGAUGUGUCAUCCUUUCACUCAGAAUCAUUGUACAGUCAGCAUGCUGAUAGUUUGCGCAUAUCUGCAAGUGUACCCUCACACUUGUCACCAGAAGUUACAUAUCAGAGAAGUUUACCAAACAUAACUAUUGGCUGUGUCAGUAUUGUUGUUACCUUCUUCCUCUUCAUCACUGGUGUAAUUCUGGACACAGUUUUUAAACAAAAAAAUGAACAAAAAGUAAUUAAGACGGCUUGUGAAGUGUUGAUGGCAGCAGGGCUCUUUGGAUUCACUGGUGGAGUAACCAACUGGGUCGGAAUUAAACUGAUAUUCAACAGGAUUCCAGGAUUGUUUUUUAGUGGAGCCAUCAUUAAGAAUUUUGUAACUGCUAGGAAACUGAUGACCAAUUUUAUUCUUGAGGCAUUUUUCAGUCCUUCACAAGUUAGAAAUUACAUUAAUGACAAAAAGAGAACAUAUCUGACAGUAGAACAGAUAGACUAUCAGCUUGAGAAACUUCUCAAUUCCAGAAUUGCAGAAGAUUUGAUUCAUGAACAGUUGGAGGUUUUGAUGGGAACACCAGAAGGUCUCAAACUUCGUAUGCUUGGUGUCACCAAAGCCAAACUGGCGCCCCUUGUAAAACCUCAGUUGAUGAAGUAUAAAACACACAUCGUGCCAUUGUUACUCUCAUCAAUUGAAUCAGUUGAUCUCUUUAAUGCGGAUCACCUCAGAGAACAGAUUGUGGAUUUGAUUUCAACAAGGACGCAAGAACUGUCCGCACAACAAGUCAAGCUGAAUUCACCUGAUGUUAACGUGACUCUCCUUAUCUGUGCACGUGUAGCUGGUCGAAGACGCGGUCUACCGACAUUUAAGUUGGAUAGUUUUCUGGGGGAGUGUGUUGGGAGCUGUGGUUGGCUGUGCAGCCGAGCUCGCCUCCGUUUACAUCAACGGCACGUGACUCGUCAGAUGGCUUGGAAACAAUGUGUGGGGUCUGGGCUGAUUCAUUACAUGGUCAACUUUUAAAUGAAAGCCGACUGAUCGUACGGGACAAUUAACCUUCUGAGCCAUAGAGUUUGUCAGGGAGCGAUUUGGCCAGCUUCGAAGGUUGCUAAGAGUGCUCCCGUAGAAUGUACACAUGUACGUACCAUAGAUUUCCGCAGAUAUGAAAAACGUUGUCCGGAACGGCUCACUCAAAGCAAAUACACGGUGGAUCUUAAGAAGCUACAUUUAGGCUCAUGAUGACAAAGUGUAAGCAUUUGUAUGGAAUUGCAGAUAAAUUUUACAAACGUAAUGUUGUAAAGGAAUUGGAGUUUCACAAGGAACAAUGAACGAAGAAAAUGAAAAAAAUUAAAAGGUUAAGGAGAGUUAAGGCUUAUAAAUCACUUUCAACAAUGGUCUUCUUUGAAACGAGUGUUUAAAAGCGAGAUGAAAUUCAAAGCAGGGGCGAUCGGCGACCGGCGUAAGACGAACCGUGAUCAUGACAAGAUAACAGCAAAAUAAAGGUAAUGAAAACUGUC